UCUUUCAAACACUUAAUACAUUUAGAGACUGAUCUUGUGCAGAAAAUAUCCCUGACAUUUGAAGAGCUCCAGGGAUUCAGUGAGCAUGCUCCGUGCUCCCUCCCGCUGGGAAGAGGAAGCUCGUUUACAUACGAGUCAUACCAAGCAUAGCCAGCAUGUCAGCGCAGUUAACUUGCAGCGGGCUGUGAGGAAAGCGAGCGUGGCUUUGUCCUAGGAAAUGUGCUUCGUGUUUUUCGUUUCCACUCCUUUUUUAUUUCGAAGAAAGACGCGUAAAGACUUCAGAAACGGUUUCUAAGUGCUUGAUUGAGGAUACAAAACAUAGACCAUCUACAAAUAAACCCUUGAAGGGUUUUGUGCGAGUUUGAUUUUUUUUUUGUGCGUGUGUUUUUUUUCCCCCCUCUUUUUUUGUUUUUCUUUUUCUUUUCUUUCUUUUUUUUUUUUAACUUUUACAUACUUUGUUUUGAUCAUCUGAGGCUGGGCCUCCCGUCUUUGUGAAGUUUAAGAGAAAGCCAGGAGCUACUCAACAGUAACUGAUUUUUGAAACGUACUGUUUUGGGGCGAAAGCAGAGAGCUGGUUUUCUGUGCUAGCCCAAUAAAUGCUAUUUAUGAAGAUGGAUCUGUUGAACUACCAGUACUUGGACAAGAUGAACAACAAUAUCGGCAUCCUGUGCUAUGAAGGUGAAGCUGCUCUCAGGGGAGAACCCAGGAUGCAGACCCUCCCUGUGGCAUCUGCCCUCACCAGUCACCGCACAGGCCCCCCGCCCAUCAGUCCCAGCAAGAGAAAGUUCAGCCUGGAGCAAGGGGACGAUGGCCUGGACUGUGAAAACGACCAUGCUUCCAAGAUGAGUCGCAUCUUCAACCCCCAUCUGAACAAGACUGCCAACGGAGACUGCCGAAAAGACCCCCGGGAGCGCAGCCGCAGCCCCAUCGAGCGUGCCGUGGCCCCCACCAUGAGCCUUCACGGCAACCACCUGUACACAUCCCUCCCCAGCCUCAGCAUGGAGCAGCCCCUGGCGCUGACCAAGAACAGCAUGGACGCCAGCAGGCCGGCUGGCAUCGCGCCCACGCUGACCCCUGCGGAGCGGCAGCAGAAUCGGCCUUCGGUGAUCACGUGCGCCUCGGCCAGCACCCGCAACUGUAACCUCUCGCACUGCCCCAUCGCGCACAGCGGCUGCGUGGCGGCCGGGCCAGCCAGCUACCGGAGGGCCCCGAGCUCCACCACCACCUGUGACCCUGUGGUGGAGGAGCACUUCCGCAGGAGCCUGGGCAAGAACUACAAGGAGCCCGAGCCGGCGCCCAACUCAGUGUCCAUCACGGGCUCCGUGGACGACCACUUUGCCAAAGCCCUGGGUGAUACGUGGCUUCAGAUCAAGGCGGCCAAGGAUGGCGCAUCCAGCAGCCCCGAGUCAGCCUCGCGCAGGGGCCAGCCCUCCAGCCCCUCGGCGCACAUGGUCAGCCACAGUCACUCUCCCUCCGUGGUCUCGUGAAGGGAGCACCACCCUUGAACAAGAUGUCAAUCUGCAUGGUUUGCCUGAGCUUUGAACAGUCAGUGCUUAAAACACAGAAAAAAAAAAAAAAAUUUGUGGGGGGUGGGGUAGGGGGAAGGGUAGGGAAGGGAUGGUUUAUUCGCAAAAACCAUGUCGUUGGGAUUUUUGUUCUGUUUUGUACUUGCUUGGUAUUCGUACCUGGGGGCCCUCCGACACGAGAGCAGGAGCUGCACGUGGAGCAUCCGAUGUAGCGUCCUACCUUCCUGCCUCAGUUACCAAAGAGACCUCUGAUGCAGGUCCGCUGCCCUGACGGGGGCCAGGACUCCACGGCACACGCUUUCUCAGUCACAGGCCAUGACGUUGGUGACUCAAAUGCUUUGUGCUUUUUAUUUGCUUCUCGAGACCAGGGUGUGUGUGGCUUAGCUUCCAUUGCGUGUUUGGUCCGGCCCGUGCGUGCGUGCGCGCGCGCACGUCUACUUGAAGAGAACAGAGAACUGUCGCGUCUGAUUUGCACUAUUGGAGGAGGGCUAAAGUUGCCUGCCUGACAACUUUAUGUGAGAUGCUAGUACUCUGAGGGCAAACUGCUGAAAAACAAAGGGUUUAAGGAUGACAUUUCUGACCAUUUGUGUUUUUGUUGUUUUUUGUUUUGUUUUGUUUUGUUUUAAUUU